UCUAGGAGCGGAAGCCAGGCUGCUGCUGCUGCUUCAGCGAUCGGGCGGCGGCGGCGGCGAGAGCGAGCGAGCGCGGCUGAGGCGGAGACGGUGGCCAGGGCAGCGGGAGCCGCAGUCGGGGAGCAGCAGCGGGGUUGGCGGCCGCGGGCGGCAGCGCAGGGCGGGCCGGGCUGGACAACGGAGCGGACGGCUGCGCCACGGGUGGCAUUGUGUGUCCCAGUGUGCAAGAAUAGCCCCAGAAUCGGAAAGGCUGAACCCAGAGCUCUUCAGCAGGGAAGAUUCCCUUCCCCCCUGCUUCAGGCUGCUGAGCACUGAGCGGCGCUCAGAAUGGAAGCCAUCGCCAAAUAUGACUUCAAAGCUACUGCUGACGAUGAGUUGAGCUUCAAAAGGGGGGACAUCCUUAAGGUUUUGAAUGAAGAGUGCGAUCAGAACUGGUAUAAGGCAGAGCUCAACGGGAAGGACGGCUUCAUCCCCAAGAACUACAUAGAAAUGAAACCGCAUCCGUGGUUUUUUGGCAAAAUCCCCAGAGCCAAGGCAGAAGAAAUGCUUAGCAAACAGAGGCAUGAUGGGGCCUUCCUAAUCCGAGAGAGCGAGAGUGCCCCUGGGGAUUUCUCCCUGUCUGUCAAGUUUGGGAAUGAUGUCCAGCACUUCAAGGUGCUCCGCGAUGGGGCUGGGAAGUAUUUCCUGUGGGUGGUGAAGUUCAAUUCUCUGAAUGAGCUGGUAGAUUACCACAGAUCGACAUCCGUGUCCAGGAACCAGCAGAUAUUCCUGCGGGAUAUAGAGCAGGUGCCACAGCAGCCAACGUAUGUCCAGGCACUGUUUGACUUUGACCCCCAGGAGGAUGGCGAGCUGGGCUUUCGCAGAGGAGACUUCAUCCACGUCAUGGAUAACUCAGAUCCCAAUUGGUGGAAGGGGGCCUGCCAUGGGCAGACCGGCAUGUUUCCUCGCAAUUACGUCACCCCAGUGAACCGGAACGUCUAAGAAGCAAAAGAGAUUAUUUAAAGAAAGUGAAAAGUUGAGACCAUUCACAAGAAUUGCCCUCACAUGCUGCCUGUCACAGCCUGUGAGGGAGUGCAGAACACCUGGCUGGGUCCUGCUGGUGACCCUCGCACUUAGGUUGAAACUUCGGGGGGUGGGAAGGGGUGUUUGAUUUCAUAAUGCCAAAACUUAACCUAUUGAAUUGAAUUACAGUUUUUAUUACAGAAUCUCACCGCUGCUCCUGUUCCCCUCCUGUGUCCUCCUUCUCGUCCUCUCUUUCCUGUCCUUCAGUGCAUGACGUUUAAGGCCACAUAUAGUCCCAGCUGAUGCCAAUAAUAAAAGAAAAGAAACCAAGUGGGCUGGUAUUUUCUCUAUGCAAACUGUCUGUGGAGAUGGAUGGACUUAAAGAGCUGUAUCCUUCACACACAAGGGGCGGCCAGGGCACCUGGGCCCCUGGCUGGGCAUCUGCCUCCAGCCCCAAGCCUGGAGCACUCCGUCAAAGCUGGGCUUCGUAGGGAAGGAGGCAGGCUGCCCACCUGCGGCCCUGAGUCACUGCAGACCUGCGUCUCCUCCACUGUCUCCCCUUCAGGUGCCGCUAAGAUGUUGUUUUUCAUAGUGCCUUUUUCCUUAUUUCAAGGGUGUUUAUGAGUGGUGUUUUCACUUUUUUUAAAAAAAAAGAAAAGUUGAAGACAGUCCAGAGCUUUUCGGCUGAUUAGUCCUCUAUCCUGGGUCAUGUUUCCCUCUCGGCAGGGAAACAGAAGAGAGGGAAAGGGGCCGGAGGAGCAGAGUGGGUUUCCCCCGUCUGGGUGGGCCAGAGGUCUUGGCAGACUCCGCUCCCUGGCCUCCAGUCCGAGUUGUGGUCUGCCCUUUCUAUGCCUGGAGCCAGGAAGUGUCACACAGAAGACGGAGGAGCGGGUGGCAUCCACGCUGACCUGCUUCCGCUCUCACAGGCUACACUCAGGUGGGAGAUGAGAGCGGCUUUUCAUCUUUCUUGCUCUUAGAACAAGGUCCUCGCUCUCCAUUGUGUUUUCCAGCCUGCCCAAGAGCGUGAAUAGCAGGACUGGGUUGGUUGUGUUUGCACCUGUCAUGCUGCCCCCAUUCCCGGAAGCCCUGUGAGGCGGGAAAGGCCAAGACCAUGCAGGGCUUAUCUGUCUCUUGUGAGCUUUGGUCCUCUAGUCACGUGCCUGUCCUGUCCUCUCCACCCAGCCUCCUCCCACAGCAGCAACAGGGCUCCCCGCCUCUCUCUCUUGGAGUUGGUGGUCUCCUUGGGCUGCUGGCUUCUUCGGGGUGGGGUCUCCCCUGGACUCUGUUUUAUGAGAUGGACUCAGCCCUGGGGGGCGACCUUCUGUUCCCGCCCCUCCCGGUUCUGCUUCUUUCCCUGCUGAUGAUAAAAAUAAUCUCUGGAGUUACACCUGGGCCAUUUGAUUGUUUUAUUUUGGAAUUGGUGUAUAUCAUGAAGCCUUGCUGAACUAAGUUUUGUGUGUAUAUAUUUAAAGAUCAGUGUUUAAAUAAAAAGACCUAUGUACUUACUCCUUUAACUUCGGAUAGCAAUUUGGUAGGUAGUGAUUAACUGUGAAUAAACAGACAAUGAAUUCUU